AUGGCACGCACGAAGCAGACGGCGCGCAAGUCCACCGGCGGGAAGGCGCCGCGCAAGCAGCUGGCCACCAAGGUGGCCCGCAAGAGCGCGCCGGCCACGGGCGGCGUGAAGAAGCCGCACCGCUACCGGCCAGGCACCGUGGCGCUGCGCGAGAUCCGGCGCUACCAGAAGUCGACGGAGCUGCUGAUCCGCAAGCUGCCGUUCCAGCGCCUGGUGCGCGAGAUCGCGCAGGACUUCAAGACGGACCUGCGCUUCCAGAGCUCAGCUGUCAUGGCGCUGCAGGAGGCGUGCGAGGCCUACCUCGUGGGGCUCUUCGAGGACACCAACCUGUGCGCCAUCCACGCCAAGCGCGUCACCAUCAUGCCCAAGGACAUCCAGCUGGCGCGCCGCAUCCGCGGGGAGCGGGCCUAAGGCUCACGGGUGCCUGACGUCUCACUGCUGUAACCCAAAGGCUCUUUUCAGAGCCACCUCCCUGGUCAGAAAAAAGAGCUAUAACAAAAGGCUCGUCCUGGGGCUAGGGGGAUUCUGGGUGGCUGUGACCUGAGGCUCUUUCCAUUUCCAGAGCCACCAUCCUGGUUGGUAAGAAGGGCUGUGAUGAACCAGGUUGCAGUCUCUGGGCAGCCAAGGAUCAGCACAGCCUGGUUUACAGUAUGCUUGUGUCUGGAAGGCAGGGUUGAGACAGGUUCUCCUUGGAUCCCACCCCAGAUGACUACAAAAGCCAGGCAGGAUUGGGCCAGGCCCAAAUCCAGGAGCCUGCAGCUCCAUCUGGGUCUCAUUUGGGUAGCAGGGCUGUUAGCGUUGGCCAGGAGGAGCUGGAUUGGAAGCAGAGCAGCGGGGAGUGCUGUGCGCCUAUGGUGCGGUGUUGCAGCUGUGGGCUUGAGCGGCAUCUUGGCCCCUGGCUGUUACAAGGCUAUUUCAAGGGUCUGUUCUGGCACAGCGGGUUAAGCCAUAAUUGCAAUUCUGGCAGCCUGCAAUGGAUGUGCCACUUUACAUGCAGGCUGCUCAGCUUCAGACCCUGCUUCCUGCUAAUGUGGCUGCCAGGGUGUCACAGGAUGGCAGGUGCACGAGUCCCCACCACCUAUGUGGGACACUAGACCUGGCUAUUGAGGCCAUCUGGGAGGUGAGCCAGCUGAUGGAAGGUCUCUUGCUCUGCCUUUCAGGAUAAAUUUUAAAGGCUGGUUGAUAGCUUUGGGAUCUGCAUGGAAGGAAGGGCUACACUUCCGGGAAUGGAGAGGCCUACUUCCGGGGAAGAAAGUCCUUGUCAAGGUCCCUGCAGGUGCCUAAAGGUCAACCAGUGAGGAUCAGACCCGCCUCAACCUUUAACUCCCAUGCCCUGAAUCUAUAAAAGGAGCUCUCCCAAUCUCUGACACGCGACUCCCCCGGCCCCCACUCUGUUGCUCUGUUGGGGCUGUGGACCCUCGCCUGGGAGCAGAACCCCAAUAAA